UCCAGACCCAGCACGUCACGCAUCAGCAGCGUGCCUUCGCAGAAGCCCCGCCAGCUCUCGCACCUUCAAGCCCAACUUGCGCAUUUGACAGCGAACAUGGCGGAUCUCGAGAGCCUAAUGCGGAUGACAGCUGGUCAGGCGCAAGAUAUGCGCGCUCUGGGAGGAUACUCAGGUGCAAUGCUAACGUUGUUGCGCAGGUUCAUGGCAGUAAGCAAAGUACUGGGCGAAGAGACCGUCAAGGGCGGCGAAGGCAAAGAAGGC